AGGACGUCAACAUAACGUCAAAAACAUACGGUCGAUCGACUCGAUCGAUUGUUUUCGUUUUUUGUAGACAAUCGAAAUGAAAUUAUAAAGUACCAAUUUCUUGAAAAAAGUGUAUUGUAGUACUCAAUUAUUGCACUAAAACAUUGAUCAUAUUAGUGUCCCCUUAAAAUGGAAGAAAGAAAACCUAUCCUUCAUGAAUUGUAUGUUUUCUCGGAGUGGAAGCCAGAACCUGAAUACUUGCAAAAGCCGGAUAAUAUUUUGCCAGAAAACUUAUCUGCCUUAUGGCGGUGGUUGAAGUUUUUUGGCCCAAAGAAAAGCUUGUUAGACAGUGUUUCAGCCUUUAAAGAAAACCAACAAAAAUGGCAUAUUGCUCUUGGAGAUGAAGGCAAGGUAAUUGCUGUACUUACUGACAACAUUUUAGAGAUCAGAACAAAGCGGUCAGAGUAUGCCACCAUUGCUGCUAGGACCACUGUAAACCGUGAUGCAUAUCCACAAUGGCGCAAGGUUGUGUGGAGCCCGGACUGCUCCUUUGUUGCAGUGGCAUAUGGAAAUGGAGUUGUCAGCUUCUUUGACCUAACAGCAUCAAACCUAUUUAAUAUACCUAUUGACUGCAACAGGCCUGGAGGUCUGGAAUGCACGGACAACACACAUGCUGUAGCUGACAUCAUCUUUAUGCCUCUGAGGGUCAAAGACAAUAAAUGGAACUGGGAGGUGCUGAUAGUGACGUACGACGGCGCGCUGCGUGCCUUCCUCGUGUCGGCCACGGAGGGGUGCUCGCUGCAACACACCUUCAGGUUCGCGGGCGGCGUGGCGGCCGUGGCGCACAGCGCGGCGCACGACACGCUGUACGUGGCCGGCGUGCCAAGGGGCUCCUGUAAGGACCCCUCCUCCCCCCUCUACGCAGGGCUGACAGCGUGGCGUAUCCUCAGUGACGACCCCUACUACAAGCUGUCCGUGGUGUCCGACUCACUGGAGGCGCAAAUGGCCAGUGACUCGCUGCACUUGUACAUUCCGUUUGUGUCUAGUAAGAACAUGGCGUUCAUAGUCCAAAUGGUGAUAUCCCCCGACGGCUCCCACCUACUCUGCGUGCACUGCACGGGCGAGAUCUCUGUCUGGCGUCUCCCGCUGCUGAAGCUGCAGAACCGGUGGCCGCUCGCGAUACAGCCGCAACAUGACGUGGACAAUCCACUGGAGACUGAGGAGAAGAGGGAGGGGAUGUAUCACCCGGCUGAUGUGGAUUGGUGGAGUAAUGAGGACAUAAUAAUCUCCCGCUUCAACGGCGCGGUGUCAGUAUGCAGCUCCUCGGACCUGGCCCCGCUGCUGCAGGCGCAGUGGCUGCGCGGCGCGGCGCGCGUGGCCUCGCACAGCGGCGCGGCGCUCGUGGCGCUCGAGUGCGAGCGCUCCACGCACCAGCCGCGCGCGCCGCGAUCGCAAUCAACCGAGCUGGUGAAGCAAGACGCAGACUCAGAGGACACAAUGUACGAGCUGACCAAAGAGAUGGUGAAGUCGAUACUGUACGCCAUCACGGACAUCGAGACGUUCCAACCGAAGCCCAAGAAGAUCACCGUUGUUUCCAGGAUAUACCGCCUGCUUGGUAUUAAAAGUACCACGCCAGAAGAACUGUUUGCGAGGAAGAUAGAAAGUGGCAACUACGAGGAAGCUCUGGCCUUAGCAGACAGCUUCCACCUGGACAGCGACCUGGUGUACCAGCAGCAGUGGAGGAAGAACCCCGUCUCUACGGACGCUAUACAGAAGUACUUGAGUAAAGUGUCCAAGAAGAUCUGGGCGGUGCACCAGUGCGUGGACCGGCUGCCGGAGACGCUGCCGGCCGCGCGCGAGCUGCUGCAGUUCGGCCUCGAGCUCACCAACCAGGAGAUACUUCAUGAAAUAAACAAAGAUCGUUCCACCGACAACCGAGUGAGAGACCCGGAGAAGAUAACUCUGGAAGAUCUGAACGCCUACUCCAGCGAGCUGCUGCGCUGCCGGCACGUCAUGCUGUUCUACAAGGAACGGCUCAAGCUCUAUGAGGCAAUACUACGCUGCGAAAAAUCAACCUACGUCAAGGAUGAAUACGACCGUCUUCGAAGCAACAGCAUCGUUUAUAGUGCCACGGAGUUGGCAAAAGAAGGUCGUCUAUCAGCUCUAACUUGUCUAUGGCCACACAUAAAGACUGCGAUGUUGAGACUGGCCGUUUUGGAAACGAUACCAGAGACAAUAAACCCGUUAGAAUAUAAAGAUUUACUGGCGACGUUGAGUGAAGAGGAUAUCACACCGGUGAGAGAGAAGAUUGAGAAAGAUUGGUGCAGGAAAGAGACCUUCAGGUCCAUCUGGAGCUCCAACUGGUCAGAAGACCCCCAGCCGGCGGGGCACGCGGCCGACUUACUGAUGCCGGCCGGUGACGUCAUCGUCUGGUACAUGAAGCGCGCAAGGCAGAUUGAAGAGAAUAGCGGGAUAGUCAGCCACGCGGCUACGCUCGUCCGUAUCGCGAGCCAUAGUCUGGGCCUCCCCGGACUAGAGCACCUGCUGCACGAGUUCCAGACGCUGGACACUCUCGUGUACGACAUCGACCUGCCCGAUGUCACGCUCAAGCAGGUGCAGACCAGCUCGCCGCUAGAGAUCUGCCAGCUGCUUAUGAAGAAGAAAACGCCCGCCACCUUCGUAUCAGACCUCAAGUCCUACGUGGUCCCGUACCUAAAGAGGCAUGAGGAGCUGACGGGGCGCGCGUGCGUGCUGGGCCUGGCCGACUACCUGGAGAGCGUCAGCGAGCACGACCUGUCCUGGAUAUUACUGGUACUACAAUCCCCUACCGAGUUCCAGUUGGACGUGCGCACGCACCUCGACAUAGCGGAGCGCUGCAUGAUGGCGCACAAGCGAUCCGACCAGCUGGACAAGCUGUGUGAUCUACUGGCCACCAUAUUGAAGGAGACUGACGGCAGCAUAUCCCCGGUGGAACUGCUCCGUCGCCUCAACGAGAUGGAGCGUCUGCUGAGCAUCUGCCGAGUGGUGUGGUGGCGCGGGGUGGACCUGCCUGCCGGGGACCUGCGGAACCAACAGUUCAACCCGGAGAAAUGCAAGCUUACUCUGACCAGGAUGGCUAGGAGCCUGGCUGUUGGCCCGCUCACGGAUCGUAAGUUUCCAGCUAAAAUGAAACUAAGAACUGGCAGAGACAAUAAACCUACUCAGCAAGACUGGGAGAAGCUGCUCAAGGAUAUUCUUGACAUUCAGGCGAACUGCAACGUCUCUAAGAAAGUAUGCUAUGAGAUAUACGGCCUAGCGUUGCUAACAUCAGGCGACGCGGCCAGCAUCAAACUGGCAGCGAACGUGUUAACCUGCGACGCCAACGUGUUAAGACGAGGCAACAAUAGACACAAGGUGAAAUAUGAAACCACAGUGGAGCUCAUCAUUAAGGCUGCGAGGGAGUACUUCAACUCGGCGUCGUCUCUGACUGAUCCGGCAUUGGAUUUGGCCAAGUGCUGCUUGAUGUUAAUCCAAGAUGGAAAUCCACAAAUUCAAGAAGAACUAGACCUAAUUGAUUCUUUGCAGAUACUGAGCUCUUUCAACGUGCCAAUUCUACCAAUUCAAGUCCGUCUAUGUGAAGACAAAAUGCAGUUGGUCGAGCAAUGUCUGAGCACGGAUCCGAAUGCUUAUCUGGCGAGCCACAAGCUGCUUAAAUUAGCCAAGCUGUUGAGGAUCGCCGGCGAUGAUGAUCAGAAAAGAGAGGGCGAAGUGCUGAUGGUGGUGUGCAUGGCGGCGAUGGCGGAGGGCGCGGCGGGCGCGGCGGCGGGGGGGGAGGCGGCGCGCCGCCUGGCCGCGCUGCGCUACCCGCCCGCCGCCGCCGUGCUGCCGGCGCAGGCGGUGCACUCGCAGGGCACUCUUGACAGAAAUACACGACGGGACCUAUUCGCUGCUGCGGUGACCUUUUGCGAUCCCAAACAAAUUGAAGAUAUUCUACGAGCUAGAAUAUCGCUAGAGCUAGAAGCGCUACAAGAGAUCGGCGCGGCGGUGAAGGAGCAAGCUCGGCUGAACGACCAGUGGCCAUCUACCGACGAGGAGUUUGCAGACGCCAUCACUACGCCCGUGAUAGAGAGAAAAGACUUGGUGACACCGUCCGGUGAUAAGAAAUUACCGAUCCUCGACUAUUUGGUUGACACGUGGCAGAGCAAAUUUAAUACGGGUGACAAGUCAGGUCCAUCGGAGCCGACGUCGAAGCGGGUGCACUGUCUUAAACUCUACCACACCCUGUAUCCUCAGUACGACAUAUCGCCCGUGAACUACCGGUACUCAUGUUUCGCGGUGCCGGACCGCACGCCGGCGGUGGCGAGCUCGCUGCUGCAGGUCAGCACCAUCCACAGCUGCCUCGGCGACGCGGAGCCGCACGACCCCGUCAUGGAGUCUCAGGUUUUCCAAAAGUGUGCCGAAGAGACCCUAUACUCAGACACAGCAUACUCCGUGGCGUGUUUACUGCGCUCAACACAAGAUGGCGAGUUGACGCGACGCACGUUGGAGACUCAGAAUACUGACACGGCCAUCUGCGCCGCUCUAUACGCCACGCUCAUUAAGUGCAACACGCCCGAGUUGAGAGACAACGUGUAUCUGACGAAGCCUAUUAAUAUGGCGCGCAACACAGUAAUCCACAACAACGCGUCGACCGACCAGCUCAAGUUGAUCCGCGCGUGUCUGGACAAGCUCAUGGUGAUGGUGGAGGUGGACCGGGUCAAGAAGUUUGGCUACACGAUCAACGCCGCCAUGUUCACUGCGGACGAGGACUAUAGGAAGCAGAUUGUGUACCGUAUGGCUCGAUCAGCAAACGCAGAGCACAUAGAGUUCGCGUUCUCCCUCUCGCAGAAGUACGAGAUCGAGUCCAUCGAGCUGUGGCUUCAGCACGCCGGCACCGUCAUCCGCGACCACAGCGCCAUACAGCAGAUCGUCGACUUGAUGCCGUCUAAUAUUGAUAAGCAGACUGCUGUUGAGAGACUAGAGACAGAGAUAUGGGACGACCUGCCCGGGGACGAGCACAACGUGCUCAUCAACUACUUCACCCUGCUCAAGAGCAUCGACGAGCGCGCCGCGGUCUGCGGGUUCACGCCCGCCGAGCAUGUCAAACUGCUGAAGAAGGCUAAGGCGGCGUCGCCAGAACUAAACUACAAGCUGCUACUAGAACAACCGUCACCUGAAGAGUUCUCCGCGCACAUCCUACAAAUCAUCAAACCCGAGAACGUGGGCUUGCUGACCAAGCUGUUGCGCACUCUGCCCCCCGCGUUCAAGAUACCCGUGCCCGUCAACGUGUUGUAUACCAUGUGGCUUACGAAGUACUUCUUUAGUGUGUCGCCAACCAGCGCGACGAACAAGAAGUGGAUGCAGCAGUACCGGCAGUGCGCCAGCUACUUCAACAAGCUCUCUAAAGAGGACCUGCUUACGUUUGUCAGCAACACUUGCUUCAGCGAUGAGGCUUGCGAGAGGGUGCCAGCCGGUACAAGAAACUUGAUGAUAAUGCAAGCCGUGGACUACUGCCAACAAGAACAAGAGAACGACAAUAUCAAAAUCAAUAAAAAUGAGUCGUCGUGGGCGCAGGUGGGCCAGGAGCUGACGCGGUGGGCGCGCUUCCUCGACAACUUCCACUCCGACACCAUCCAGGCCAUCAUCGCGAGCAACGCGCCCGGCCACGAAGUGUGGACAGCCAUAGAGAAGAGCCACGGAUCAGUCCCGAAGGCUCGGCGGCCGCUGUGCCGACUGAUGAUGGAGACAACCACGCGGCCCGGCGCCUUCUGCACGCUGAUACAGUGCCUGCACCUAGAUAUACAGCCGGACGACGUGUUCACUUACGCCGUGGAGGAGUAUGUGGAUGAUUUGCCUGCCGUUCAGACGCUGGUAUCUCGUGUGACGAACUACUUCAAAGAAGGUGUCAAACUAUCAGAAGAACUCCUUGACAAAGUGAUGCACACAGCCUCAGUCUAUGGUCUCCCGCCGCACAAGCAAAUAGGGCUCUUAUCGCUCACACAGAAGAACCAAAUUCAAGACGGCGAUGAUAUGAUGAAGAUUGUGGAGUUUACACUGGAUUUGUUCAAGACGGAGUGGGCUGAUGCGGGCUUUGCGAAGGAUUUGACUGAUGAAGACCUACUCAGUGACGAAGGCAGACGGGAGGCGUUCAUGAAGUUCCUCGAGUUGUCCGACUCGUGGCAGAGGAAGAAAGCGCUAGUGGACGUCCUCAACUGCUGGCCGCCGACGCGGAAUGGCGGACAAUCUCGAAGUCUGCACUGCGACUACAUACAAACGCUUUUGAAGAAUGAAGAUCAAAAGGAAAGUCUGGUUCUUAUCAAACUAUUGCUGCGGAAACCUGUGCUGGUGGAAGAGGAGCUCCAGUGGCUAUCAAACAAUGUACAGGGUGACGCAGUCAUAAAUCUAAUUUGGGUGAUAAUUUUAAGCAAAUGCGAACAUUCCUUGGAGCUCAUUCCAACUCUUGCCAAGCAGCAUAAGACUGCUCUUCUAAAUGCAGAGAUUGAAGACGACCUAGUCAAAGACCUCCUAGAUAGUGGGUUAUUUAUUAAACUUGUUUCUACACCAUUCUACUCGUCUAUCACCAACUUCAUCCUGAAUAGAGAGUCAUCUAAUGGUGAACCAGUUAACCAAUACGAUGUCAAGUGGGCUACAACCGAGUUGCUCAAAGCAAACUUUGUAGCGGAAGCGGGCCAUCUGAAACUGCUCGCUAUAGGCGUGCCGGCGCCUUUACGGGGUUUCUCGCAAUCAGUUAUGUAUUACAAAAACUUCUUUAAUUAAUUAAGCAAAAUGUAUUUAAAUAUUUAAGAAUUAAUAUAUUCAAUAAAUGAUUUAUUAUCCGACAA